AUGGAGUUUGAGCAUAAGGCUUAUUGGGCAAUUAAAGAGUUAAAUUUUUCAUAUCACUCAGCUGGGGAACAACGUAAAUUGCAGCUCAAUGAGCUGGAGGAAAUUCGUCAGGCUGCUUAUGAAAGUUCUCGCAUCUACAAGGAAAGAACUAAGGCGUUUCAUGAUAGUCAAAUUUUACGAAAAGAAUUUCAACCAGGGCAAAAGGUUCUGCUAUUCAGUUCACGGCUAAAGCUGUUUCCAGGGAAAUUGAAAUCUCGCUGGACUGGGCUAUAUUUGGUUACUAAAAUCUAUUCUCAUGGGGCAGUUGAAAUAACUAAUGAGGCUCAAGGCAACGCAUUCAAGGUGAAUGGUCACAGGCUGAAACCAUACGUGGAGUCACCGUUUGAUACUGCAUACGAGUCUUUGACUCUGAAGGAACCAGUGAUCUAG